AAGCUUGAACUGAUCAAAGACUACCAACAAAAACAUACAAAGAAACGUACGUGAAAAGCCAACCUUUUCAGCAGUUGAAAUCCUACAAACCCACUGCGUCUUCCUCCUCCACGAAGCAACAAGAUGAAGAGGGAGGGGAGGCAGCAUGGCACGGUGAGGAGCUCCGCCAUCUUACCUGCGGAAUCCGAUCCGACGCCUAAUAACGCCAGGGUCCCCAACCACGUCGGCGCCCCUCCGGCCGCCGGGUUCUUUGCUAAGGCGCCGUCGCGGCCGACGAACCACUCCAAGUGCACCGCCAGGUGCCGCAGGGAGAGGUGCAAGGACUGCCAUUUCAGUCCCGUGUCCAAGUCCAGGGACAAGGCCAAAGGAGCGCACAAGCUCCGGUCGUGCGAUGUGGUGCUCAACCACCGGCUGGUGUUGUGGAGGGUGGUCGAUGGCGGAAGAUUGCCGAGCUCCAGAAAGAUCUCCGCCAGCGAGAUCGUUGACCAUUUGUACGCUUCUAGUCAGCACGAAGGAGAUGAUUAUGAUGACCAGAACAUGGAAGAAGGUGCAGGUUAUGGCCAUGGAGGACCUCUUUUGGAGGCUGUUGAUCCAAAGGAGGGACACAGUGGUGCUAAAUAUGAAGAGACGGGGGAGAGCAGCACUGACAGUGAUGAAGACAGUGAAAUAGGUUUCCAUAUGAUUGGAGUAACCCGGGAAUACUCUGAUGGAGAAGACUGGCUUGUGGUGGACGAGAUCUGAACCUUCAUAGUUUCUAUGAUCUACUCCAUGGAUUUCUUAUCGUAAUUGUACAUGUAAUCUCCCUGAACAAACAGUAUUUGUGUUAUAUCAUCAUCUCUGAAUAAACUAUAAUCGCUCUUCAAUAAGAUUUAUUGUUCAGGGAAACUAA